CUGGUUGAGCCGCACGAACAUCAAAUAUCUCCUUGAACUGAUCCUCUGUUUCCGCUUCAUGGGCUAGUUUUCUCAGGCAUCGUGCGAAAAGAAAGACUAUGAUCAAAUCCAAAAGCUUUCUUCAAAGUAUUAUGAAACAUCUCAAAUUCGGUUCAAGGAAAGAGAGACAGAACGAAGACGACAUUCAGAGGAUUGCCGCCAAGGAGCAGAAGGUGUUUUCCUACGAAACGUUAGUUUCGGCAACGAAGAAUUUCAAUCCUAAUCACAAGCUGGGCGAGGGAGGAUUCGGACCGGUCUACAAGGGGAAGCUCGAAGAUGGAAGAGAGAUCGCAGUGAAGAAGCUAUCAGUGAGAUCGAAUCAGGGGAAGAAGGAGUUCGUAAACGAGGCGAAAUUGUUGGCGCGUGUGCAGCACCGCAAUGUUGUGAAUCUGUUGGGCUAUUGUGUAUUUGGCUCCGAGAAGCUUCUCGUGUAUGAAUAUGUUCCUCAUGAGAGCCUUGACAAAAUUCUCUUCAGUAAGUCUCCUUCUUCUUCUUCUUCUGUUCAUUCUGUUUCU